UGAGACUGCCUGACUGACUGACGGACAUUUGGCGGUCGCUGUUGGAGCGCAUGCGCAGCGUAUGCUAUUUUUUUGCUGGUUUGAUUUGAUUUCUUAUGCGGUAGUAACUUUAGUUCUGUUUCGAAGUUAGAAGUGAACGUGCGCGUUUUAAGUUAAAAGCUUUUUUAAGAGCCAGCCUAUUGAGUGGAGAUUUUCUGUCGUGAGCGAGAAGUGAUAAAAACAACACGAAAAUGAAGUUAAUUUUUGUAGCUGCACUUCUCAUACUCAAUGUCUCCCAAUCAUUUCACAUGGAAAUGAACGAUGAGGAUGGAAACGGUUUCAACUCACUUUCGACGACAAUUGAUAGACCAGCCCAGUUCGAGGAAAGGACUGGUCAUCGGGCGAAACGCGGCAUUUGGGAUUUCUUUCAGAAAAUGGUCAUAACCAAAAAUCUAAUUGUGGAGCAAUAUACUGAUACGAGAGAUACCUUGAAUGAGGUGUACAAUAUGUUCAAUAGUCAAUUUUCGGAUCCAGCGCCGUCGAAACCCACACCACGCAGUACAAGCACUGAAGCACCGAAAACGAGCAGUGAAGAUAGCACGGAUAGCUCUGAAGUGAAAACCACUACCGAACGUUAUCAGAUAUCACGCUACGAACUUGGCCGCAUUCUUGGACGCAAUUUCAGAGGCCUCAAACGUUUGGCACAAAUCGAGUUUCAAGAUGCUUUCAAUGCAACAAAAUACAAUUUGGCAGAAUACCGAGAAGAGGCCAGCAAACAAUUUGCCAACAGUUUGGCAGCGGAGAAAAAGAAACAAUUGAAGGCACUGGUGAAAGGCUAAACACAUUCAUCCUACUUCAAUCUAUAAAUUUAGUAUUCAUAGAAUAUAGAAAUAAUUCAAAUAAUUCGUAAUGUAGUAAGGGGAGGGGAAUUGAAAUAUUUGACAAAUUGGUUAAAAUUGCAUGGGAUUUAAAAAAAAAAUAGUUUUCCGAAUAUAUUUUGUAAACUAGAUCCUAAAUCUACAAUAAGCUGUAUAACAUUUAAGUGUAAAUAUACAAAGUUAUAUAAUGAUUACAUAUGUAUAUAUGAAAGAACAACAAUUGGUUAAGAACAUGGCCACUAUAUUUAAAUGUUUGCUGUGAUAAGUUCUAGUUUUUUAUAACAUAAAUAGAUUGACAUGUAAAUA